AUGAAUCAAACAUGCAAAGUUUGCGGAGAACCAGCUGCCGGAUUUCACUUUGGCGCAUUCACAUGUGAGGGCUGCAAAUCCUUUUUCGGCCGCUCGUACAACAAUCUGUCCUCGAUUAGCGAAUGCAAGAACAGCGGUAAAUGCGUCAUCGACAAGAAAAAUCGUACCACCUGCAAGGCUUGCCGCCUACGGAAAUGCUACGCAGUGGGCAUGUCGAAGGGUGGUUCCCGCUAUG